UUUGAUCGAAUAUGCUUCGACUGGACUUCUCAUAUUUGGAUUCACGUUCUUUUAUGGAGGAAUGACUGUAAAAUUAUGGGGCGUGUAUAAGUUAUUUAGCCAGCAAAGGACGCUUGACGAUAAUACUUCGAUAAGGACGAUAACCAUAAUGAUUGAAUGUGAAUCUACAUACAAGAACUACUUUCUAAUUGCCACACUAUGCUACAAGGGCAUUGUGUUAUUGCUGGGUGGAUUCAUAGUUUGGCCAGCACUGUAUAUGUCAAUGAAGAAAGGAUUUUCUCACUUUUCCGGUUUUACGUUAGCUGUCUUUAUGAGUAUUUUGUCCAGCAUUGUAAUGGCUAUCAUCUCGUUCUUGAUCCCAACUGAACCGAAUGCCUUGUUCGCCAUAACUGGAUGUCUGAUAUUAUUCACAACAAUUCUGACCACUCUACUGAUUUAUAUCUCAAAGAUCAUUGUCAUUGCAAAGGGAGGAGAUCCACUUUCCAUGAAGUUCUUUUCCCCAAUCGGUGCAGCAUUUGGUUUCUUGGACAACGUCGCGGGAGAAGGCCAAAUGCCAGAAUUGGGUGCGGAUAACUCGGUCAACAUGCCUGAAGUUGCUCUUACUGCCGAGAAGACUGAACUAAGUGACAACAAGUCUGUUUUGCAUGAUGCUGACCACAACCACGACAAGAUCGGCCUUGCUAAUCUCGGUGGUCUGAAAUGAAUCGACUGAUGAUGUUUGAAUUGACCAAGCCCCUGCUUAUGCAUGGAUACACUGUUAAAAAUGUUCAUAACUAAAUUCACCAAACUCACUGGUCCCCACCCUGUUAUAAAGAGGUGGAAGAACUUCCGGCGGCCGAGUUUUCCUUUUCUCCCCAAGAAAGUUGUCGAUUUGUAUUCAAAUAUUUUACCUAUAUGUUAAUAGUAACAUCCGAUUACUGAAAAACUAAUCAUUCACGAACAAAUA